AUGUCUUGCCCAUCCUCUCACAUGGCUAUCAGGUCAGCAUCCACAUCAAUUUCUUCUUCAAAUGUCUCCUUCUUCUUCUUCUUCUUCUUUGUAUUCUUAUAUGCAUUUUUUCAGUUCUUCUGGUUAAUCGUAUGUUUUUCUUCUUCUUCUUCAUCUUCUUCUUCAUCUUUUUCUUCUUCUUCUUCUUCUUCUUCUUCUUCUUCUUCUUCCUCUUCUUCUUCUUCUUUGUAUUCUUAUAUACAUUUCUAUUCCGUUCUUCUGGUUAAUCGUAUGUUCUUCUUCAUCAUCAUCUUCUUCUUCUAUUACUACUACUACAAAUAUUUCUCAUUAAGUUAUAUCUUUCAAUAUUUAACUCACUUUGCUACUAUUUUCUCUUUCUCACUGUUUUACUCCCUUUCCUCCUCCCAUUAUUUUACUCCCUUUCCUACUCACAAGAUUUCAAUGCCUUUGCUACCCACAUUAUUUUACUCCCUUUCCCAGAAAUACUAUAUUACUCGCUUCCCCUCCGACUCAGAGCAGUUGAUUCCGCUGCAUACAAACACGGCUCUUCUUUUUCUUCGCUCUCUUCCGUUUUACUCCCUUUCUUAUACUAACUAUUUCCUCCCUCUCUUACCCAUUGUUACCUCUCUUCAUUCUCUUACGAGAUUUUACCCCUUUUCCACUUUUACUCUCUGUCAUAAACAUCCUAUAUUUGCCCGCCCUUAA